AUGAGCUCUUCAGCAGCUAUGGUAUCCCGCGAGCAAACUUGGGUGAGCUCCCUAAUUGCCUCCUUUACUGAUAUCAUAUGUUCCGCGAUUUUUUUCGGGUCAUCAAGCAGUUCGCGUCUCAACCGUGCAACUUCUUCAGCCGCUCCUUUGCAGGACCGAGUCCCACCUAACGGUUCAGUGGUGAUCUUUCCAUUCUUCGAAGAUAAAAUAAGCCCAGAGCACCUCCUAUGGAAAAUGCAUCAAGGCUACGAGCUGCACCCUAAGAUUCCCCUGACGCAAGACAUGAAGAUAGCCGAGAUUGGAACAGGAACGGCUAUCAAUUUGAAUAACAUGUCGUGCAGUAUCUGGAGUUUUGACCUUGCAAAGCAGCUCCCGUCAUCUGUCCAGUUACAUGGCUUCGACGUAUCUAAUAAUCAAUAUCCCUCACCAGAUCUGUGGCCUGAAAAUGUUUCUUUGGGCCUGCUAGACGCAUUUGAUGAGCCCCCUGCUUCAUUAGUGGGUCAGUAUGAUGUGGUACACCUUCGGAUGUGGGCGAGCAAUUUCCGUCGAAAUCAAGUACCACAACUCAUUCAACGGGUGAAGUCCAUUCUUAAACCUGGAGGUUACAUUCAAUGGGAGGAUGCCGAUUUAAUGCACCAAAAUAUCAAAGGAUCCGAAGCGCAAGCAUGGGAAGAAAAAUGGGUAUCUGGGUUACCCGAUAUGCUGCAAAAAGGUGGCUUUUUCAUUCUUGAAUCUGAUACCGAUCGCUUCGAACAGAAUGAAUCCCAGCUAUGCACAAAUACGUAUCUUUUGGCACUCCGAGAAAUUCUUCAGGGAAUCAAGAGGCAAGCUGUAGGUGAUUCACUGCUCUCAAUUACUGAGCUUGAGGUAACUUUAUCCUAG